CCCGGCGCCGUCACCUGCUCUUGUAAUCAAUCCGGCGUUCGGUCGGAGUUCAAACCCAUCCCGCGUCUCCGCAAGCGUGCCCAUAUCGGGCACCGCCGCAAAUUGACAGCCGGGGCGUGCCGGUGGCGGAUGGUAGCCACCUGCCGUGGGCGCCUAGCAGUCUCGCCCCUGUCGAGCCUGUGCCGGUCAGCGGGCUCGAGGCGGGCCCCAGGCAGAGGAGGCAGGCCCGCUCGCGCGAUCCUCCCUUGCCUCCUGCGGCCACUCCGCGAGCCACGAGGCCAGUGUGUAGCGGGCAGCAGACGCGGAAGAUGCGCUUGCAAUGGGCAUGCUCCUACCCUUGAUCUCUUCCACGCCAUCCUCCGCGCGGCUUCUCCUCCUUCUCGGUCCUUGUCCAGCAUGUCUCCUCCAAACUACUCCAGCUCCCGUUAUCGCGCUCGAGACCACCUUCCACCUCACAGCCUCCGUGAGCCUGUCGCACGCACUGACAGUCCCGUUCUACGCUCGUCCUUGCGUGGAUUCUGUGGUCGGACUCUGCGCCAGUUGCUCCGUCCGUUGCUGCGAGUACGCGACUUCUUUGUUCUCGCUUGUCAGUGUCAAUGUCACCCCGAGUUGGACAAUGGCCUUCUGUGCUCUCCAUUGUUCUUGCUGUCGCGAAAACUUCUCGUCGGUGCUCGUCGGCUCUGCGCGCGUGCGCGCUCAUACCAUGCCAUGGUGUCCGCCGCGCGCUUCCCGACGUCACUUCCUCUCCCCCGAGUCUUGCGCACUUCAGCACACUUGUGCUCUUUAGGACGGCGAGCGUAGCGCGCAAGAUAGAUAUCUCGUUCAACAAACUGGCAGAAGGUUAGCACUGCGCAGAGGUCACGCCAGCGGCGGAACUCAGACUCGCAUCAUCAUGUGUUCCCAACAGCGCCUUCGCCUGAGCACUUGGCCUCCAUGUCGCCCACCUUAUCGCGUGGAACGAUGACCGACACAGCCUGUACGAGGAUCGGAUGGAUGAAUCACUGGGUGGUCGCUGUCGGCGUGAGGCGCAGCGCAUUGUCCGAGUUGGGGCGUCGAAGAUCCCGUCGACGUCUAUGUCUAUUGUCCUCCCGCGUACAGGUGCGGUAGCGCUCACGCUUCUUUGGUGGAACAAGUCAAAGUU